CAAGGGAAUUGACACAGGCUGCAGCAAGCCGAGGCCUGCUGUAGGGGCUGGAUGAAGCCCUCGGCCUGCCCCCUUCUAGCUGCUCCCUGCUGCUGAGACUUGAUUGUGGGUACCUGUACGCAGCUGCUAUCUCUGAGGUUUGUGAUGGAUCACCACUGGCUAUGCCUAUUGUUUGCUCUGGUUACAGCUGCUUCCAACAACGUGGGAGGUGACGUGCCUGUGACAGAGGUUCCCGUUGCCCGCCGGUGGGCACCAUGCCUGCAGGACGAGAACACAGAACUGCAGGAGGGACCCCUGGCCGUGCCCAAGUUCAGCACUUGCAUGCUACGUUGUGCUGCCCAAGCCAUGCUCGGGAUAGUCACCACCAAGCCCAGCACCUGGCUGAAACUCAACGAAGGCAGGGAAGGUGAAGAUCAUGAGUUUUGUUGGAUGCUGCAUCUCCGCUGCAAGAAGGGAGAAAAGCUCACCAAAGCCUUCAUCCUUCUAAAUUUGGAACAGCCUCCAGAUGGAGGUCAGCAACCGCCCUACCGGUUGCUCCUCACUUCUCCUCCCUCACUACGCCAGUAUGUGCAAGCUCGCCGUGGCGUCACACGGCUGAUUUCAAGGGAAGCCUGCGGCAUGCGCUUUGAUGUGACUGAGCCCUUCCGCAGUGCCGAAGGGGGACAGGAUGCUGAGAUGUGUGUCAAGGCCAUCUGUCCUGCGGAUGAUACCUGCAGCAGCAUGUCAUUGGCAUUCCGGUGCCCACCUUUCCUGGCCACAUUGUGGCGUAGCGUACCUCGGCCUGACGGCUAGGCACACAAGGCAGGAAGGGCUUGCUCCAUGAUAGAGGCAUAGCAAUUUUUGGGAGCAGUUAGUGAGGGAAAAGAGCAUUGAUUCACACGCACAGACUCCUGUUCAGCACUGGUGUGCCAGAAGUAUUGCGAGAGACUUUAAAACCCUGUCACGGGGGUAGUAUUAGCACUCCUUGUAAAGACUGGGCAGAGAACCUCUGAAAGGGGAUGAUGAUUGUUUCUUGUUAAAUCAUUGAGCCAUUGACAGUGUGUGUACGGUUGCAAGCUCCAAGUUGGGAAAUAUCUGGAGAUUUUGGGGGUGGAGCCUAAGACGGGUAGAGUUUGGUGGGGGGGAAUUCAAUGGGGCAUAAUAUCAUAGAGUCCACCU